AUGGUUGAUAAUUCAUCAUUAGCAUAUCCAGCUGAUUAUUAUUAUCCGGAGUUUAUUUACAGUCGUGCAGAUGAACCACCAACAUCUCCACCUUUACAAUUACCAUUAGUAUAUGUUGAUAAUGGGAUUGGAUCAUCGACAACAGUACCAACAACUGUUCAACAAAUAAAUGAAACAAAAAUUAAACAACCAAUACCUAAACAAUAUUCAUCAACUAAAUUAGCUAGUAAUGUUGUUACGAAUCAAGGUUUAUCUGAUAAUGGUAUGACUGAGACAGUUCAAAUUGAUCCUAAAACUAAUCUUUUACGUAAUCCAGCUGAAAGAAAUAUUCCAAAAUUAAUCGUUGAUGAUAGUAUUAUUCAACAAACUCUGCUAACAUCAAAAUCAGGUGCAAUCAGUUAUGGUAAUGAUUAUGAUCACCAUACAGCAAGUUAUAAUCAAAUAAAUCAUGGACAAACAUCUGUAACUAACAGUUAUAUGAAUGGAGAUUUAAUAAGUAAAUCAAAAUUAUAUGAAACUGGAAAACAACAACAACAACAACAGCAACAAUCAAUAAGAUAUACUGAUAAUGAACAACAAUCAAUUGAUGAUUAUUGGAAAAAAGAAGUUUUUAUUGAUGAUCAAGGUGUUGUUACUAUUGAACCUGUAGUACAUGAUGAACCAGUCUAUGAAGGUCCAUUUGGUUUAACUCGUAUGGGUUCUUAUAUUUUCUAUAUUGGUAUGGGAAUUUUUACACUAAUUGCAGCUAUAUUUUUAAUUAUGAGUGGUGUUUUUUAUGCUCAAAAUUAUCCUUCUUCAUCAACAAAUGGUGGUAAAUUAGCUGGUGUUGGUAUAUGUGCAUUUGCAUUUUAUCUUGGUUUACAAUUAAUUUUAAUUGGUAUAUGGCAUCAAAAACAUCGAAAAGAAACUGCUAAACCAGUUGUAAAAUCUUUUCAAAAUGAUCAAUUACAAACACGUGCAAAAUCAACUAAACCAAUGAUGGAAGAUCAUAAUAUCUAUGAUUUCCAAUAUCAACCACAAGUUGAUUAUACACCAUACGGAAAUUAUCCUAGUCAACCUUAUUCUUCAUAUGGUAGUGAUCAAAUGUUAUUACAAGGUGCACCACCUGGUACAAUGUUUUAUCCGCCACCUGUUUGGCCACCAAACAAUGAACUUGGUGUACAACCUGAUCCAAAAUUCUAUCAACCUAUGGAAAUGACCUAUGGACAACCAACACCUUCCGGAAUUACAUCUACCUCUGAACAAAUUAACACAAAUGAUGAUAAUAAUAAAAAUGAGAAAAAAACUCCUGAAAAAAAAAGUCAUAAGAAGAAAAAUGCAAUUGAAGUUGAUACAACGAAAGAAAAAACAAAUAGUGUUGUUCCAAAAUCAACUGUUAUUGAACCACCGUUACCUCGACUAGGUAAAGCGCCUGAAACAAGAGAACUGAUUGAAAAAAAUGCUGAACUAGAAAAAAAUGCUGAACUGGAAAAAAAUCUUGCACAAACACCAUCAACUAGUGAAUUGACAGUAGCAAAUGUUGCACAAAUAAAAGGACUCGAUGAUAAAACAGACAGUUCAUCUGCACAUGAUCAUCAACAUCAUCAAAGUAGUAGUCGUCGUCACCAUCGUCAUCAUAAUAAUGGUCAUUCAGGUCGAACUUAUCAUCCACAUCGUCAUCAUCAUCGUACACGUCAUCAUCGUCAUCGUGAAUCCUAUUCACCAUGUUCAAUAUGUUCACGUAAUGAAUUUCACAGUGAUGUUAGUUAUGAUCCUCAUUAUCAUCAUCAUCAUCAUGCUGAAUUAGUACCGAGAUUUAUUCCACCACCACCACCAACUCAGACACGUAAAUCAACAAAGAUGUAUCGUGAUAAUGGAGUAGUAACUGAUGUUGAAAUGAAAAUAACGAAAGAUUCAAGUGUAACAGCUGAUUUACAAGAUGUAUCAUGUAUAUUGACUUUUAUUUAUUAUUUAAAAAAGAUAUUUGCAUUUUGUUUUUUUCUAGUCACUAAUGAUAAUAGUCUUUCACAAAUUCCUAUUACUCAUCGUACAGUAAUAAUUGAACCAUACCCAGCAGAACCAUCUUCACAAAUAAUUGCUACGCCACGUACAAAUAUACAAGAAGAUUUUCGUUUAAAAAAUAAUAAUAAUGAUAAAAUUCUUUAUCCACGUACGCCAGUGUCAUAUAAGAAAUCUAAAAAGAACAAGAAUACAACCGAGAGUACAGAUAAUAUUAUUGAAGAAUUGAAUUUAGAAGAUAUUAAUGAAAAUGGAUAUUCCAGUGCUGGAUCAAGAAAGAAAAGAAUAAAUAUUUUAUCAAUGAAAAAAUCAAUUAAAAAUGCUUUCUAUAAUUAA